AUGAAUUUUUCUGGGGUCCUUCUAGUUCUGCAUCUUUUUGAUAAUCCGAAUGUAGAGAUUUCUACUAUUGAACACAUUUUAUUACUCUCUUGGUCUAUUUGGAAUAAUAGGAACCGAUCAGUCUUCCGGCAGCUAGUUCCUUCCCCUUCUCAAACUUGUUAUGGGGCUGCUAAUUUUGGAACUAGCUACUGGCUGGCUAAUCGCUUAGUUCCGAAACAGAAAAUUUCCCGAUCUUUUCACAUCAAAUGGAAGCCUCCUGAUGAUAAUCAAGUCAAACUUAAUUUUGAUGGUUCUGUCAAGCAUGGUGUUGCUUCGACUGGUUUUUGUAUUCGAGAUUCUAACGGUAAUCCUAUUAUUGCGGCUACUCGAAGAAUUGGUCAUGCUGGAGUUCUAACUGCAGAAGCUACUGCCUUGAGAGAUGGUUUGAGCUCCGCUCUUUUGAAUCAGCACCUCAGUAUUUGGGUGGAAGGUGAUUGUAAGCUGCUUAUUGACUGCAUUCUCAAGAAGACCCCCCCUCCUUGGCGAAUCAAGCUUCUCGUUGAUGAUAUUGCUUGUCUGGCAGCCAAGUUUCACUCCAUUAGAUUUCGACAUAUCUUUCGUGAAGCCAACUUUGUGGCUGACAAAUUGGCUGAUUUAGGUUUUCGAAGUUCCACUCCUUUAGUCUGGUUCCAUUGUCUCCCCGUUUCUGUGUUUCCAGCGUUCCAUUUGGAUCAGCUGGGCGGGGGUUGUUGUCGUGGUUUUUCUUUGUAG